AUGGGCCAUCGUUGUUGCAGCAAGCAGAAGAUCAAAAGAGGAUUAUGGUCUCCUGAAGAAGAUGAUAAGCUUGUUACAUAUAUCACAACUCAUGGACAUAAAAGUUGGAGUUCUGUCCCAAAGUUUGCAGGCCUACAAAGGUGUGGAAAGAGUUGUAGAUUAAGAUGGACAAACUAUUUGAGGCCGGAUCUCAAAAGAGGUUCCUUCACCGCCGAAGAAGAACAUAUCAUAAUUGAUAUACAUAGAAUUCUCGGAAACAGGUGGGCACAAAUAGCAAAGCACCUUCCUGGUAGAACAGACAAUGAAGUGAAGAAUUUUUGGAACUCAUGCAUUAAAAAGAAGCUGAUUUCACAAGGCUUAGAUCCACAAACUCACAAUUUACUUUCUUCUCAUAAAAGAAACAACUCAUCCUAUCAAAACUCCAAUUCCAUUUUCAUUCUUACUUCACAAAUGCCACCAAAUGCUACUUAUCUCAUUGAAACAACAAACCAAACCUUUUCACCACCAAGUAUUAUUCAAACUCCUACAAUUGUUUCCCCUAACCAAUAUCAAACAUCUUUCAAUGUAAUUUCAAAUCAACUACGUGUCCCCGAGCAAAAACAAGCUCGAAUAGGACCCGAAAACAUACCAAACAUUUGUUCUUCGUCCUUCUUAGACACUACCGAUGUCGAAAUGUCUAGGAAAGAAGAAGGAACACAUGCUCAAGUGGAGGAAGAGAAGGAGAAGAUGUAUGAGAAAGGAAUGGAUUUUGAUGAAGUUAUUGAGAAGGGAGAUAUUGAAAUGAAUAAUUGUUUUGAGAACUCAAAGUUUGAUUUUGGGUUGUUGGAGAGUGUACUUAACUCGGAAUUUAUAUCUCAUGAUCUAGACUAUAUGGAUGAUUUUGCAUGGAACUUUUAA